CGAAGCGGCCACAGUGAGUUCCGGGCCGGGACAGGCGCGCGUAAAACAGCGUCAGGAUCAUGGAGAGCGGCGGAGGCGCUUACGGAGCCGCCAAGGCGGGCGGCACGUUCGACCUGUGGCACUUCUUGCAGCAGCCGCAGGUCAUUGCACGCCUUCUGAGCGCGAUAUUUGCACUCAUAGUGUUUUCUUGUAUCAUUGGAGAAGGCUACACUAACUACCAUGACAAAGAGGAGCUCUACUGCAUCUUUAACAAGAGCGAUUCUGCUUGCCGCUACGGCAUCGGUAUCGGGGUGGUUGCCUUCCUGGCUUGUAUAUUCUUCUUCAUGAUUGAUAUCUACUUCCCACAGAUCAGCAAUGCCACAGAUCGCAAGUACCUUGUUAUCGCUGACUUGGGCUUCUCAGCUGUCUGGACCCUUCUGUGGUUUAUCGCAUUCUGUGUGCUGACAAACCAGUGGGCAUCAACACAGGGCAAUGUUUACAUUGGGGCUGAUUCUGCCCGUGCGUCAAUUGCCUUCAGCUUCUUCUCCAUUUUCUCAUGGGCGCUCCUGAUCACCUUUGCUCUUCAGCGUUACCGCAUGGGUGUGCAAGCUUUCGAUCACAGCUACAUCGACCCGCCUCCUGGUUCCGCACCGCCUUACUCCAGCUACCCCAACGUCGGUCAUGAGAGCUACCAGCAGCCGCCCUUCACUCAUCCUGCCGAAGGGUCGGAGGGCUACCAGCCCCCACCCGUCUACUGAUUUCCACUAGCACUGUUGAAUGAUGCUGUCAGGGAUAGCCACAUAAGUGCAAUUAGUUCACUUCUUGGUUCGGGGAAAGGCCUCUACUGUGAAGGGUAAUAAUGGUGCCAUGGCUUUGUCUGUGGGUGCGCGUGCGUGUGCGAGAGAGAGGGGUUCUGGGUUAUUCCUGUUGCUCUGCUUCUUUUCAGGAAAUGCUUUUUGUUACUCUCAGGGCUUUGGGGGCCUUCUUGCUGGCCAGUGUAUUUGAAAUGUAAUGCAGAAGGGCAGCAGAGAAGAGGGGGUAGCUGGAUCUCUUUGCUUUUGCGGCUACGUUAAUUAUCAGCUCUGGCAAUGGCUAGAGACUUUAUCCAGCAGGCAGGGAAAAGGAUUUGCUCCUUUCUACUUGAAGCUGCCUGACUGAAGCCCUCACUGCUGCCUCUCACGUAACAUCGCCUUCCCACCAGUGCCUUGCUCUCCUUGGCUCAUUUCUAACGCUUCAGCCCCUGAAUGGGGCUUGAUUCCCACGGCUCCUAUGGUGCUGCCUUUCGGGGGCGAGCGAUGCCGGUGCAGUGCCUCCUUUUCAGCCACUGUUGAAAGGACAUGGCGCUGAUGCCGAGGCCCAAAGGCCCUGACAUUUCUUUCAGAAAGUUUGUAUAUAAAGCUUUGAUUGCACUUCCUGCAUUAGAGAGUAGAAGCUGGAUUUUCCUGUGUGUUCCCUCAGUUUUCCUUACCAGGUUAAAGCCUGGUAUAAGGCGGGAGGGGCCAGGCUCCCUGAAGAAUGGCUUUUCCGUAGUAAAUAUUCUAAUAAUAGCUUGGGAGCUGCUAAGCAGGCUUUCAGCGGAGGGGCAAUACUGUGCUGGGGUGGGAAAUCCACUUGCACAACACUUUCACUGCUAACCUUCCACUAGGUAGCUUUCAAGCCUUCCAGAGAAAGCUGUGCUUUCUGCAUGGAUGGCAGGGCUAAGUCACUUCAUAACUGCAUGUUAUGGGAAAGUUCUGGCAUUGGCAGCCUCACAAUAGGAAGGCGUGCAAGGAUUCUGAAGCGUUUUAAGUCUGUAUCAUGGCAGAAAUAAACCUGGUCACUCCCACCAUA